GUGGCUUUCAGCUUGUCAUAAACCGUCAUAAACUCUGAUGAACAGAAACAAAAACAAAAAUAGUCAAGAAAUUGAACGACGAUACAACUUGAAACGUGCUGAAAUAAAUAGAAUAUUCAAUGGCAUUACUCGUGCAGAAAUUUAUGAGACGAUGCAGCAACUCACACCUAAAGCAGAUAAAUCGUAUGUUUCAUGACGAAUUCAACUCUCCAAAUCCCUUGAAUCCCAAAAAAGCACUGAACAAACAAGAAGAACAGAGUGUGCCUUCAGCGGGAUCGAUUGCAAACAAGUAUCAAAUAUUUCGAGACGUGGAUGCGACGGUGAUUCUGGAUGUCGAAGAGGAACGGCAAGUUCAACGGCGGCAGCAGCAGCAGCAGGAUGACAAAGGCCUGGACAUUGAUGAUUCGGAUGAGGGCAAAUCCUUACCAAGUAUCUUCAAUGGAAUAAAUUUGGAACAUGGAAGCUGUGGUGUUUAUGAGAUAGAUGAUUUGGUCAAGGUGUUACGAUUAAACAAUGCCGAGAACAUUUUCGUUUGUUCUGUGGCACCUGAAGUCAAAUACGUCGACUACAUCUGUGUCGUAACUGGAAUGAGCUUUCGUCAUAUGAGAGGCAUAGCGGAAUUCGUACGAAAGAUUUACAAAAUGAAGCGGCACCCUACGGAUAUAAUACCAAAAAUUGAAGGAGAGAACAGUCGCGAUUGGAUGGCGUUGGACUUGGGCAAUAUUGCGCUUCAUAUUUUCUCCGAAUCAGCCCGAGAGCAGUACGAUUUAGAGUCGCUAUGGGCGAUUGGAGCCAAGUAUGAUCGAGAAUGUAACAAGCCUGAUGAACCGCUGGUUGAAUUGUUCGAAAGACAUUCUGUCUACCUGAAUGAUUUGAAGCCACUGAAAAAAAAUCUAUCAACUGAGGAUAAUAAACACAGUUGAUAAAAUCUUUCUCGAUAUAGAAUAACAUUCAAUAAAUGAUGAUCCGUGAAAACUA